AUGGAAACGAGGGCGCGGCGGCCUGCGGGGCGGGCUGGAGAAGCUGAUCCGACGGAGCGGGGUCCUGGGCCGGUCGGCUCGGCGUGGCCUCCGCGUCCGCGACAGAGUUUUCAAGCUGCGCUCUCGCCGCCUUCCACGGCGCGUGACCCGCCGCCCUCGCGACCUCGGCAGCACCUCCCGGCGCCGACCCGCCAGUCCCCUCCUCGCCCUCUUCUGCAGGUGCCGGUGGGCGAGGCGCCCUCCGCGGCCGAGACGCUCCGCACGCGCCCUUCCCGUGAGAAUCAGAGCUACCGAAGACGUGGGCCCCAACUACACACAAAGCCCCCGACGGCGCCGCGGCGCCUCUCCGCCUCGCUACUCCGGUUCCGUGAGCCCAGAGAGCGGCGGUCCACGUUACCGCGUCCGCUCCCGCGGGGAACCCCGCCAACAGGAAGCCUCCAGCGGGAGGUGAGAUGUCGCUCACGCGAGCACCCCGGCCCCUCUGCCCGACGGACACUCUCACUUCAGAUGAACGGGCGCUACCGCCUGCGGGAGGAGGGGAGCGCGUGGGGAAUACUCACACUGGGCCUGGCCCGGCCGCGCCGCGUAGGGACCUCACCGGGAAAGACGCGCGGGCUCACGCCGGGGUGCCGAGAGCCAGCAGGUAGCUUCCGCGCCGCCGCCUCGGAAGGGAGGCCUCUACCGUCCGGCCGCGGACCUGCAGCCGCCGCGUGCGCGCCGCCGUCGGCCCCGCCCAUCGCCCCGUCCCCGCCCCGUCCCGCUGGGCCCGCCCAACGGGCCCUUCGGCCCCUCCCAGUCCUGCUUCCCGCAUCCCACCCCGCCACUCCUUUCCUGGGCCGGUUCCCUCCCCUCCUCUCUGCCCGCCGGGAGCAAUCGGCUCUCUGA